AUGGCGGCUCUGGCACGGAUCUCCUCAGAGAUGAAGAAGAGGGGACACAAGCUUCCCCAAUCACACCAAGGAAUGGAGAUCAGGAGCCGGAAGAUGAUAACCAUUAUAUUCCUCAAUGUGAAGGAGGAACCAAGUACGAAGAAGGCAAAGCUAAAUGGGGAAUACGACAAUGGAAGUUCAUCGAUAUCACUGCUGAAUGAUGAGGUAUCAAACUCGCUCAAUAAGAUUCAAGCUGAUUACAUCGGUUCGGAGACACCUUCUCCCAAUCACACCCCACAAAACAGAGGCGCGGUGGGCCCGGUUCCACCACCGGUUCCAUGA